AUGGAUUGCAUCGUCAGUCGUUUAUUUGGUUUUAUAUUAUUAUUUUCUGUUUUGGUUAGCCUAAAAUUUAAUAUUCAAUUUGGUCGUUGGUUUCUGAAUCAAUAUCGUCACGGUCGUCAUCAAUUGCGUUAUAAUUUUCUAGUUCUAAAUAUGUUCAUUAAUUCAAUAUGUAUAUUAUUAAUUGAAAUUCCAAUUGUAUUAGUUCAAUGUUUUCUUUGUCGACAAUAUUGUAUUGAAUUUUUAUGUAAGUUAGAAGGUUUUAUUUCGUAUUUGAGUUGUAUAACAACAAUUUAUUUAUUAUCAACAAUGAGUGUUCUGAGAUACCUUGUUGUUUCAAAUAAUCGAUAUUUAUCAACAGUAUCGAAAUAUCACGGUUUGUAUAUUGUCGUGGGAUGCUGGCUUGUUGCAUUAAUCUGGACAUUACCAUCAUUGUUUGGUUUAAAUCCGUAUUUCCCCGAAGGUAUAGGAUUCCAUUGUGCUUAUUACUGGUUAGAUCCAUCAUUUCGAAGUAAAAUAUUUUUCAUAUUUGCUUGUUUAUUCGUCUAUGCUCUGCCGUUAACAUUGUUAUUGUGCAUGAAUAUUCUCAUUUAUCAAUUUGUGCGACGUUCAAUGAAAUUUGACACAAAAAGUCCGUUAACGUCUGGAAAAAGGCUUACCCUUCGACGACGAUAUUUAAAACAAAUGAAUAUUGAUUAUCGAUUUGCUUUAGCAGCUCUCAUUAUUGUUUCAGAAUUUAUUCUCAGUUGGACACCGUAUGCUGUAAUCGGCAUAAUUAAAAUCGUUUAUGGUAAAGCAUCAGCAUUUGAAUAUGUUUUUCUAUUUACACUGGGAGCUUUAUUAGCAAAAAUUUCAAUGUUAAUUAAUCCAUUGAUUUAUAUUUUUACUGUUAAAAAGUUAUUUGUAUAUGAGUAUAGGGUCAAUGAAUCAAAGUAA